AAGUGAAGAAAUUCUAGACAAACUUCAUAAUGCUAAUAGUUGCGAAAAAUUUUAAAUUUCUGUCUUUAGUAAUCACUAUAACUCUUUUGCUCUGGAUAUAUGGUGGACAUUUUUUAAGUUUUAAACAAAAAAUAAUUCUUAAAUUAGACAAAAGGCAAGCCCCUAAUGAAGACUGGCUGAUAAGCAAUAUUGCCCAGGAUAUUCCAUAUUUGCCCAUUGAGGAUCUCAAAAAUCCAAAAUAUAAAACGCGGAGUUUUAACAAAUCAUGUGCUCGGUAUCCCACACUACGCGAUGUAAAGAUUCACAAUGACUAUUGGCAAGAGUUCAAAAAUGGCAAUAUUUCCCAGUAUAUAUUUGGAGCCUACUAUGACAAUAGACCCACUGUGGUGGAAAAUCAUCCUGUAGUGCGUGUGCUGAUAAUGAUUAAUUUUAUAUCUAAAUCAAAUGAGGAAUAUCCGUUAACCUAUUGUCAGCUGUGGUAUGACGGUCAACCACGACCGUUUAUAACUCCCCUAAAGCUAAUGCAUAAAAUAUGGCUUUUCGGAUGGGGUCAUAGUCUAGAGUUUAACUAUCCCCAUUUAAUAGCAUGUCCUGUACCAGCAGAACAUAAGAAUAGGGUACCAAAAUCUAUAUCACUGGUCUCUAAGCCCUGUGACAAGGCCACCAAUAAUGUUAGAGUUACAUACAAUUAUCUGCGUCCAGGAGAAAAAAGAAAAGAAUUUGCUGUGUGUGUUAAGGGAGUAGAUUUUCCUCAUGUGGAUAUGUCUCACCGUUUUGUGGAAUAUAUAGAAACUAUGCGUAUUUUGGGUGCGCAAAAAAUUGAUAUGUAUCGUUUACAAGUACAUCCCAAUACCACCAAAGUUUUAAAAUAUUAUGAAGAUACAGGAUUUCUCGAAUAUAGACCCAUGAGUUUGUCUACAGCUGUAAGCAACCUGCCAAGGUAUCGGCAUUUGGAAAUGUAUAAAAAUCAUCACUCCUAUAAUAUGCACGAAGUGGUUUCGUAUAAUGAUUGUUUGUAUCGCAAUAUGUAUCGUUAUAAAUAUGUGGCCGUAGUGGAUACAGAUGAAAUUCCCUUGCCUUUGGGUAAUAUUACCAAUUGGCAUGAUUUAAUGACAUUUGCGGAAAAGGUCACCACCAAAAAUUGCAAAAAAUUUGCCAGUUUUUGUUUUCGCUGCAUGCCUUUUCCCUGUCUCCCUAAAAAGGUCGGUUAUACCAAUCAAAUACCCGAAUACUUCUAUAUGUUGCAACAUGUGGAACGAGUGUUGAAACAUAUACGACCCGAUUCAGCUACGAAAUGUUUGCAUAGUACUGAUCGUGUUAUAGCCACCCAUAAUCACUUCUCUAUACAUAGAACGAAGAAUGUGUGCCGCAGUUAUUCGUUUGAUGGUAAUGUCGCCCAAUUGCAACAUUAUCGCGAGCCUCGCAAUAAAAAGCCCCAAAAAGUUCUUGUCGUGGAUUUAAGUUUGUGGCGAUUUAAAGAUCAAAUAAUAGAACGUUCGACGAAAGUUUUUAAAGAGCUGGACUUUUUUGAGUAUGAGUAA